GUAUGACUGACUGCACGAAUGGGUGGACUCUCUCUCACACUCUCUCUCUCAUUAACCAAUCGCUGAGCGCUCUCUCACUCUCUCUCAACGUUUCAUACAAUACUCUCUCUCAUAGACUGAUAGCUCUCUCUAUUUCUCUCUCUAUCCACACAACUGUUAACAUUAAUUAGCUUUAGCUUCAGCUCUGAUUCACUCGUCCACUGAAUUUAAAAGUCUUUGAUUCGUGACAACAAGUAGUGAUCGUAGAGACACCUGAAGACAAUGUCCGAGACGGCCACCAAUGAUACGAAUGGCAAGGAGUUGGACCCAAAGGACCAGAAGAAUGGCGAUCAGAAUGGAGAGGACGACAAGAAGGAGACACAGCCGCCCGUCAAAGAGAUGCGCGCCGUUGUGCUGACCGGCUUCGGGGGCGUGAAGACCGUCAAAGUGUUGAAACGACCGGAACCGCAGCUAUCGGAAGGAGAAGUACUGAUUCGCGUGAAGGCCUGUGGACUCAAUUUCCCGGAUUUGAUGCUAAGACAGGGUGUGAUCGAUAACCCGCCCAAAGCCAAAGUACCGUUCAUUAUGGGCUUUGAAUGCGCGGGAGAGAUAGAGGCCGUGGGCGAAGGGGUCACCGGACUCCGAGUGGGCGACCGGGUGUCGGCGCUCUGCGAGUCGAAAGCCUGGGCCGAACUCGUGACCGUAAACGCGAAAUAUGUCUACAAAAUACCCGCGAAGAUGAGUUUCGAAGAUGCGGUAGCCGUCACUCUGAACUAUGCCGUCGCCUAUGCCCUGCUCUUCAAUGUCGGCAAUCUUAAGAGCGAUCAAACAGUUUUCAUUCACUCUGUCGGCGGCGGAGUUGGUCAAGCAUUGGCACAAUUGGCCAAAACUGUUGGCAACGUGACAGUCAUCGGCACCGCUUCCAAACACAAACACGAGUCCAUCUCCAAUGUGACCAAUCUUCUGGACCACUCCACCGAUUAUGUCCAAGAAAUCAAAAAGAUCUCUCCGGAGGGCGUGGAUCUGGUGUUGGACUGUCUCUGCGGAGAGGACGCCAACAAAGGCUACAAUCUAGUGAAACCUAUGGGACGGUACGUCUUCUUACGUCGCACUUCUAAAUUGACAACAGGGGAGACCAAAAGUGUGCUUAGUUUAGCCAAGUUUUGGUGGUCGACCGACAAAGUGAGUCCGAUGAGACUGUUCGACGACAACAAGACUCUGUCGGGUUUCAAUUUGCGGCAACUCCUGUACCAGCAGGGAAAGCAUGAAUACGUGCGCGAUAUUGUCGAGAGAGUCUACAAACUGUACUCCGAGGGACAGAUCAAGCCGUUGGUGGACUCGUCGUGGGCUUUGGAGGACGUGGGCGACGCCAUGCAGAAACUGCACGGCCGUAAGAAUGUGGGCAAAAUAGUGUUGGACCCCUUCAAGGAACCCAUUCCCAGACCCCCCGAAGAAGUGGUCGAAAAGAAACGCAAAGGAAGUGCUAAAGAGAAGGACAACAAAGAGAAAGAAAAGGAGAACAAAGACUCGAAGGAAAAGAGUGGUCAGAGCGGAGACAACGGCGAUAAGAAGGCCGAAGACGGGGCCGAGAACUCGAAAUAAACGGCUUUUUAUAUGAUUUAAUAGCGUUAUGCUAUCCGUUGCUGUGUUGAGCUCUUUAAGCCAAUCAUUACACUUAACUUUGAUGUCAUCUCUCUAUUAAUCAUAACUUCUGAAUGUUUUGCCAAUUCUUCUAAUUAUAUGAAAACAGCUUUUAUUUUGAAUAUAUUUUAAUGUAAUUAAUGAACAAUUUUAAAAUUUACUAAUACUUUGUAACUGUAAUCUCUAUUAUUAUCAAUACAAUAAUGAGCCAAACAUUCCAUACAAACCAAACGAAAGCAAAAUCUAUAUAAAAAAUUGUCUCAAAUUCCGUUCAAUUUAUGCUCAUUUUGUCAAUCAAUUUGUGAUCCAUUUAUUUAUUUGAAUUGAAAAUUUCCGUCAUUUCUAAACAAUUUACCACUACUUCUAGUCCUUUCACUCAUUAUUAAUAAUAUACUCAAAUCGAUUCAAAUCCCAUUUAAGUUAAUAUUAUAUUAUUAUUAUUAUAUUUCUCUUAGAAUUUAUCACAAAACAGAUGUUAAAUUUUUUUUAAAGUCUAAUCAAAUGAAAUGUUUUUAUCUCUAAUUAUUUGUAUUCUAAUGUAUUUUAUUGUAAAUGUCUUUAAACGCCGGCAAUUGUUGUG